UCUAUAAUUAGAGUAAUAUAAAAAAAAAAUCUAUAACUAAUAAACCUAACGAAUAAAAUAUUUGAAGUUUGAAUUGAAAAGGUAUUUUGCAAAUUUUCUUUCUAAAAAAAUUGCCACUUUACCCUUAUUCAUAUAUCUAUUUUCCCAACCCACAUUCUUCUUCAUCUUCUUCACACACAUAUUUUUAGAUCUUUCAAAAUUCCAAACAGCUUCCCACCAUUGACAUUGUUAUCUGAUAUCUCCCAUGUCGAAACCUUGGGGUGGCAUCGGCUCAUGGGCAGCCGAAGCCGAGCGAGAAGAAGCCGAGGAGAAACAAUAUGCAAGUAAUGCAACCACUGCAAACCCUCAAAGCUUCCCAUCUCUCAAAGAAUCCGUUUCUUCAAAACCCAAGAAGAAAAAGAUGUCACUUUAUGAGUUUGCUUCAAUACCUUCUUCAUCCGGAUCUACCCGUUUAACUCCCAAUGAAAUGCUUCAGUUACCCACUGCUCCUAAACCCCGUUCUCCUGAUGAAUAUUCUGGUGGGCCCCGUUUAGGAGGUGGGUUUUCUAAUUACGGUGAUGAUCGUAGACCUACUCGUCGCGGAUUUGAUGAUGAUCGAAAGCCGAGACGAGGGGAUUUUGAUUCUAUGCCUCCUCCGCCUUCUCGGGCUGAUGAGGUUGAUAAUUGGGCUUCAAUGAAGAAAAAUGUUUCAAUGGAGGUACCAAGUAGUGGUGGAAGUAGGUAUGGGGCCUUGGGUGGUGGGUCUAGGGCUGAUGAAGUUGAUAAUUGGAGUUUUGGGAAGAAAUUGAAUCCGGGUCCGGUUAUGGGUGAAGGAGGUAGUGGGAGACUGAAUAGUUUUGGGUCAGGGUUUCGUGAUUCGGUUUCGGAUUGGAGGAGAGGGGGAGGCGGGGAAAGGGAAAUUGGGUUGGGUCGGCCCAAAUUGGUGCUGGAUCCUCCAACUGGGGAAGAGGGUGUGAAGAUGGUGUAUAAGGUGAAUCCGUUUGGGGUAGCGAGGCCUAGAGAGGAAGUAUUGGCUGAGAAAGGGUUGGAUUGGAAGAAAUUGGAUUCGGAAAUUGAGGCUAAGAAAGUUUUGAGUAGUAGUGGAAGCAGGCCCACUAGUUCACAAGGGAGUCGACCCACGAGCUCACAGAGUAAUCGGUCCGAGAGUGUUGGUGGUGUUGUGGAGGUGAAAAGUAGACCAAAGGUGAAUCCUUUUGGAGAUGCUAAGCCUAGGGAGGUUUUGUUGGAAGAAAAGGGUUUGGAUUGGAGGAAGAUUGAUCUUGAUUUAGAUCAUCGUCGUAUCGAUAGGCCUGAGACUGAGGAAGAAAAGGCUUUGAAGGAAGAAAUUGAGAAUCUUAAAAAAGAACUUGCAAAAGAAUCUGGUAAUGAUGUUUUACAGGAGUCUGAAGGCGAAAAAAUCAAUUUAAGUGAUCUAAUAAAGAACAAGGAGAGAGAAUUGGAAGCUCUGAUACAGGACCUUGAUGACAAGGUCCGGUUUGGUCAGAAAGCUGUAGAAAGGCCAAGCUCAAGGCCAGGUUCUGGAGCUGGGAGGUUUACAAACUUUACAGAGAGGCCUCCUUCACAAUCUGGAUCUUUUGAUGAUGUCCGAGGUCCAGAAGUAAUGGACAGACCCCGGUCACGUGGAACAGGUGAUAUAUGGACAAGACCUGGUGAAGACAGAAGAGGAGGCUACCAAGGUAGAAGAGAUAGAGAGGAUUUCCAAGGUAGCAGAGAUAGAGGGGGUCUCCAAGGUAACAGAGAUAGAGGGGGAUUUCAAGGUGGCGGAGAUAGAGGAGGGUUCCUGGGCAAUCGAGAAUUCGACAGGUCUAGGCCAAGAUGGUGAUUCAAAUUGUUUAGUUAUUUUUGUUUCGAAACUAUCAGUGUCGGAGCUCUCCUUUAGACAUCCUGCAAGCAACGGAAAAUAAUGUUCAAUUUCUACUGUCAAAUUAUUUUUACGGCUUAAUGUAGGCGCUGAUGACAUUUUUUAGUUAAAAAUUAACUGUUAAUUCUGAUACCUUGUAAAAUUGCCAUUUUUUGGUCUGUACUCAGGCAAGGAUCUUGUGUUCUUGGACUGACAUGUAAUGGAACAUUAUCGUAUAAAUCUUCUGCUUCUUAUCUUAAAAACAUAUAAUUUCUCAAAGGCCUUAUUGCUCAUUUUUUCAUUGUA